AUGUCUUGGUUAUAUAGAGCUGUUGCUCACAAUAUUGCUGAAAGCAUAUCAUGUCUUGAUAGUGCAUUGGAAAUCUGGAUUGACCUGAGAGAUAGAUUCUCUCAAGGUGAUGCUUACAGGAUAGGAGAUUUGCAGGAGGAAAUAUAUACAUAUAAGCAGAAUAAUGCUUCUGUUACUGAGUAUUAUACUCAUUUAAAAACUUUGUGGGAUGAACUGUCAAACUUGAGAGGAUUGCCAGUUUGUAUGUGUGAACCUAAAUGCAAUUGUGGUGCCUUGAAUGCUGUGAAGAUUAAUCAGUCUAAUGAUUAUGUGAUCAAGUUUGUUAGAGGAUUGAAUGAUUCUUAUUCAGUUGUCAAAACUCAGAUUUUAAUGUCUGAGCAUCUUCCUGUGAUAAAUAAGGCCUUUUCCAUGGUAAUUCAAUAUGAGAGACAACUAUCUUUGGUGAAUGUGAAGCAAGGAGUUGAUUCUAGUGUUUUUAUGGCAAAAUGCAACUUUGAGGAGAAAUAUGAUACUGGUUAUGAGUCAAAUGUAUGUUAUGCAAGAGGCAGAGGAAACAAUUUCAGAGGAGGUUUUAGAAGGGGUUCUUUUCAAUUGAAUCCAGGAUUUAAGCAAAAGCUUUGCUCUCACUGUGGCAACUCUGGUCAUACUGUGGACUAUUGUUACAGAAAGCAUGGCGUUUCACCAGGCUUUCAACCAAAAUAUAAAGGAGAAUCAAGCUAUGCUAAUCAUGUUCAAUAUGAAGAAUGUGAUUAUCCAGAUUAUGAUGAAGACAGAUCUGUUGAGAAUAAGAUUUACAAACAUGAGCCUGCAGGAUAUAAACAUGAGAUUAAUGCCAGUAAUGUUCCUAAUUCUGCUAUUGCUCCUAAUAAUCAGACAGGCAAAGUAUUUCCAUUUACUCCUGAACAGUGUCAGCAACUAAUGGCUUUGAUUCAAGGUGAAAAAUCUGCUGAGAGGGAGAAUUCCUAUGUCAAUUCUCUCACUGCUUCAUACAAACCAGUGUCAACCUCUUUCAAACCAAUUCCAGAAGAAAAAGGUAUAAUACAUGCUUGCUUCUUUUCUUCUAAAACUUAUAGAGAUUCUUGGAUCCUUGACACUGGGGCCACAGAUCACAUUAUUUGCAAACAUUCUCUUUUCAAGGAAUGUGAACCAGUAAAUAAUGUUCAUGUAAAACUCCCAACUGGACAACUCAUAAGUGUCACUCAUACUGGUUUUGUGCAGCUUACAGAUGACUUGACACUAUAUAAUGUGCUUUAUGUUCCUGUCUUUAACUUUAUCUGA